UCUCUCUCUCUCUCUCUCUCUCUCUCUCUCUCUUUAAUUUUCUCUAAGUUGCGUAUUUAUGCCUUUUGGCUCUUUGGGGUAUAUUCUCUUUAGCUUUGAUUCUCUAUGUAGCAGGAAAAAAAAAAAGUAAAAAUCUUUGCUUUAUAUUAUCAUUCAAAACUCUCUUCUUCUAACUUUCAUCAAUUUCUCGAGGAGUUUCUCUUUAAGCAUGUUGCUUCGCUUUUUAUGGGUGAUUUUUCUUCCUCAUGAAAGCUGAUGGGGGUUUGUGAAUGAUCGUUGAAACUGGUAUGUCUUCAUUGUGAAUAUGGUGAAGAUGAUGGUGGAAUAAUAUGCUAUUGACACUACUCUCCAUUAAAUGGAAAUAGAAUCUAGACCCUGUUGAUUUCUUGAUUAUAAUAUGGAUUAGAUGGAAUAAACUACCUAGGAGGCUGUGAAAGUUUGCUUGGCCUGUGAUAACUUCUUUAUUGGUAUUUGGAGAACCUCUGGCUCUUGACAUAAUCCGGUGAAGGCAUAUAGUUAAGCAGCAGCUGUCGGCUGUGCUUCUGAAUAUUAAUUUUCAAUAACUUAAAACAAGUAUUUAUAGACUUUCCUUGGAUAUAUAGAGUAUUAGAGAUGUUAACUUCACCUCAAGUACAGAAGCAGAAUGUCCAAAAAUCGAUGCGUAAAGUCUCACCUAGUGGUUCACAUAAAGAUUUGUGGCUUGCUGUGCGAGAAGGGUCCUUGCCUGAUGUAGAUUUGGCAUUGGCGCUUUUGAAGAAGACUGGAGGUAAUAUCAAUUCAAAGAACAAUUUUGGUCUGACUCCUCUUCACAUUGCAACUUGGAGAAAUCACAUUCCCAUUAUUAGGAGGCUUCUAGAAGCUGGUGCUGAUCCUAAUGCUAGGGAUGGAGAAUCAGGAUGGAGUAGCCUUCACAGAGCUGUGCAUUUUGGCCAUCUUGCUGUAGCAAGUGUUCUCCUUCAGUCAGGUGCUUCUAUUACAUUGGAAGAUUCAAAAUGUAGAACACCAGUAGAUCUCCUAUCUGGGCCUGUUUUGCAGGUUUUUGGAGAUGGGCAGGAUUCAGCUACUGAGGUGUUUAGCUGGGGAAGUGGUGCAAACUAUCAACUUGGAACAGGAAAUGCCCACAUACAAAAGUUACCGUGCAAACUUGAUUCAUUUCAUGGCUCUAUAAUCAAGUUAGUUUCUGCUGCUAAGUUCCAUAGUGUAGCUGUUACUGCUCGUGGAAAAGUAUACACUUGGGGUUUUGGAAGGGGGGGUCGUCUUGGGCACCCUGACUUUGACAUCCAUAGUGGUCAAGCUGCAGUUAUCACUCCCCGCCAAGUGACUUCUGGUUUGGGUGCUCGUCGGGUGAAAGCAAUUGCUGCAGCUAAACAUCACACUGUAAUCGCUACUGAGGGUGGGGAAGUGUUCACUUGGGGAUCCAAUAGAGAGGGCCAGCUGGGCUAUACGUCUGUGGAUACCCAACCAACACCACGUAGAGUAAGCUCAAUUAGAUCAAGAAUAGUUUCUGUUGCAGCUGCAAAUAAGCAUACUGCUGUUGUCUCUGAGUCUGGUGAAGUAUUCACAUGGGGCUGCAACAGAGAGGGUCAACUUGGUUAUGGCACCUCUAAUUCAGCAUCAAAUUACGCACCAAGAAUAGUUGAGUAUUUGAAAGGCAAGGUCUUUGUAGGUGUUGCAACUGCAAAAUAUCACACAAUUGUGUUGGGAGCUGAUGGAGAGGUAUGUACUUGGGGUCAUCGACUUGUUACACCUAGACGAGUUGUCAUUAAUAGAAAUCUAAGAAAGAUGGGAAGCACCCCUAUGAAAUUCCAUCGAAAGGAACGACUUCAUGUGGUUGCAAUAGCGGCUGGGAUGGUACAUAGCAUGGCUAUGAGUGAAGAUGGAGCAUUAUUUUAUUGGGUUUCCUCAGAUCCUGAUCUUAGAUGCCAACAGCUAUAUUCACUGUGUGGAAAAAAAAUGGUAAGCAUUUCUGCUGGUAAGUACUGGGCUGCUGCUGCUACUGCUACAGGUGAUGUUUACAUGUGGGAUGGCAAGAAAGAUAAGGACAAACCACCCAUUGUAACUCGGUUAUAUGGUGUUAAGAGGGCUACUUCAGUUUCAGUUGGUGAAACUCAUCUUUUGACUAUCGGUUCUCUCUAUCACCCUUUCUAUCCUCCCAACAUGCCCAAAAGUGAUCAGGCACAGAAGUUGAAAGUCAGUGAUGAAUUAGAAGAAUUUUAUGAGGAAUUUAUGUUUAAUGAUUCAGAGUCAAGUUGUAUGGGAUCAUCUGUACAUAAAAAUGGUUCUGAGAAGAAACCCAUACCAAGCUUAAAGAGUCUUUGUGAGAAAGUGGCAGCAGAGUGUCUAGUGGAGCCACGGAAUGCAAUUCAACUACUUGAAAUUGCAGAUUCACUUGGAGCUGAUGAUCUAAGGAAGCAUUGCGAGGAUAUUGUUAUUCGUAACUUGGACUAUAUCUUAACUGUCUCAUCACAAGCUUUUGCAAGUGCUUCACCAGAUGUUCUAGCUAAUCUUGAGAAGUCGUUAGACCUGAGAUCAUCAGAAUCAUGGAGUUACCGUCGGCUUCCCACUCCUACAGCGACCUUUCCGGUUACCAUCAAUAGUGAAGAGGAGGAUAGUGAAAAUGAGGUUCUAAGGAUCCGUGACAAGUACAAGAAUAAAACCCCUUUGGAAAAUGAUGUAGACAGAUUGGACUCCUUUCUGCAACCUAAAGAUGAUCCCAAUCAAGGCAUUUCCAAACAAAUUCGAGCUUUACGAAAGAAGCUGCAGCAGAUUGAGGUGCUUGAAGAGAAGCAGUUGGGUGGAUGCGUCCUUGAUGACCAGCAAAUUGCAAAGCUACAAACAAGACCAGCUCUUGAAAAUUCUCUUGCUGAGCUUGGUGUACCAGUUGAAAAAUCACAGUCAAAAGGGCCAUCUUCAGUUUCACAAGAUGGAAAAGGAAAUAAAAAAGCUGAGGGUUCAAGAAAACAGACAAAGAAGAGCAAACAUAGGGUAGCUCAAGUUAAGACAGUAUCUGGUUUUAGUACAAGUAGCAUAGAACCAAACUCUGUGAAGGACUUUUCUGACAUUGAAAUCCCCCAAGUUUUAAUGAAUAAGGAAGAAAAUGCUUUGUCUGAAGGAACUGUAGCAGACCAAGCCUCCAAAAAGUCUACUUUCUUUGUUCAGAAAAAUGACAGUUCGGUCCCAUCAAAAGAUAAGAGUACAUCACAAACAGUAUCCAAGAAGAAGAAUAGGAAAGGUGGACUUUCUAUGUUUCUGAGUGGUGCUCUUGAUGACACCCCCAAACAUGCUACUCCCCCUCCACCAACACCACGAAGCGAGGGCCCUGCAUGGGGUGGUGCAAAGGUUCCAAAAGGAUCUGCUUCACUUCGUGAAAUUCAGGAUGAGCAAAGCAAAAUACAGGUGAACCAGCAAACUGGAAGCAAAAAUCAGGUGGAAGAUCUUUUUGAUGGUAGAAGUGAAGGAAAAAUCCUGCUGAGUUCAUUUUUGCCAUCAAAGCCAAUUCCUGUGGUCUCAGGUCGAGCUUCACAAUCAGAGGCAUCUGAUGUAGAUAGAAGCACACCUCCUUGGGCUGCUUCUGGUACUCCUCCUCAUCUUUCACGGCCAUCUCUCAGGGAUAUCCAGAUGCAGCAGCAGGGAAAACAACUGCAAAGUCUUUCUCACAGUCCAAAAAUUAAAAUGGCUGGGUUUUCAUUAGCUACUGGUCAAGUAUCGCCAUCUGAUUCCCCUGGGAUGAACCGCUGGUUCAAAUCAGAGGCUGAAGCACCAUCUUCAAUCCGAUCAAUUCAGAUUGAAGAAAGGGCUAUGAAGGACCUCAAACGCUUCUACACCAGUGUUAAAGUUGUCAAAAACCAGUCAUAGGACAGGCAAAUGAUAUUUGCUGUUGAAGGUGGCACCAGGGCUUUCUUUCCUCUUCCUUUGGUUAAAUGUAAAUUUGACUGUACAGAUGUUCGCUCUCCUUAUACAUUUAACCCUUUUCUUAUUUGAGGGUAGUCUCUACAUCAUCGUCAUUUCUUUAUGCUCUUGCAUAUUUUUUUUGGUAAUCUUACCUUUUAGAAUAAUGUUCAUUUUGAAGAAGUGAAAAGCUCUUAGAUGUUUAGUUCAUAGCCUUGUACACAGCAAUAAAUUCCUAUCAAACAUAGGGCUUUUUAAUGAAAUUAGCUUUCUUUUCCAUGAAUGAGUAGGAAGUUAACAACCUGUCAUUAGGUUUCGACGGUAAGUGUUCA